AUGGAAAACAUUCAAGUUGUGGUUCGGAUCAGACCUUCUAACGGAGCUGAAAGAGAUAACAACGAUCUUGAAAUUUGGUCUGUUCAGAAUCAGGACACAAUAUCUAUCUCUAAUGAUAGAUUCAAUGAUUUAGUAAGAAUGAGAAAGUUUGUACCAGGAUAGAGAGUUGAAUUCACAUUCAGUAUUACCUUUAUCAUUAAUUAAAAAUAGACUAAUGUUUUGAUUCCAAACACUCCACCAAAUUCAUCUAUUAAUAAUAAAUUUAGAGGAUUACAUUAUCAUCCUUAUAAGGUAUAAAUGGCACAGUGUUCAUGUAUGGAUAGACAGGUAGUGGAAAGACAUAUACUAUGAUGGGUUACGAUUAAGAGGAUGGAAUUCUCAAACAAGGGUUGAAAGAUUUAUUUUCAGAAAUUUCAAAACAUUCUGAUAGAUAGUAUUUUUUAAGAUGCAGUUACGUUGAAAUCUAUACAGAUUAAGUGUAUGAUUUAUUGGCAACUCAGGAAAAAUUGAGUGACACUCUCUUAAUCAAUGAAGACUUCAAUAAAGAAUUUGUUAUUAAAGGAGCUGUUGAAGAGGUAGUCACCAACAUAAACGAAAUUAUGGAUAUAUUACAAUUCGGAGAAAGUAAUCGUCAUUUUGCUUCAACUGUUAUGAAUCAUUGUAGUAGUCGAUCCCAUACAAUUUUUAGACUUUAUGUAAGAUGUGUUCCCAAUACUAUUGGGCCUAAUUCUGUGAUUACAGAGUCUAUUCUGAAUUUUGUUGAUUUGGCUGGAUCAGAAAAAAUCAAUAUACAUGAUUCUAUUCUUAAAAAGCGAGGAACCUCAGCUGGUGGAAGUGGAACUUAAUUAAAAGAUAGGCAAAAUGAAUCUAAACAUAUUAAUAAAAGUUUAUUCUUUUUGACUUAAGUUAUUUCAUUGAGAGCAUAAGAGAAGAAGUAAUUAUCACUUAAACAUUUUUUAGCGAUUUACACAUUCCAUACAGAAAUUCACCAUUAACUAAAAUUUUAAGAUCUUCUCUUGGUGGUAAUUCCAGAACUGCCAUCAUUCUAUGUGUCAAUCCAUGUUAUAGUUAAUUUGAAUAGACUUUGUCAACUUUAAGAUUUGGUACUAAUGCUAAAAAGAUAGAAAACAAUGUUUCCAAAAAUAUUGUUGGAUUUGAUAAUGAUGAGAGUCUUAAUAGAGUAAUCAAGGAUUAUGAAAUUAAAAUUAAUGAGCUACAAAAAGCGAGAGUUGAUGAUAAACAAUAAUAAGAGAUGAUGUUAAAGAUAAUUCAAAAAUUAGAAGAAUAACGAAAAAUAUUUAAAUAAUAAUUCACAACCUCUGAUCAUAUUCAAGCCAUGAUUAAUAAAGAUCUCCCCUAUUAAUGGACUCAUUUGCAUUAUCAUGGAGUCGGAGUAUUAUGGGUUCCUGAAAAAGGUACCAGGGAUGUUUAAGUUAAAUAAGAUGUAAUAGAUUCUUUUGGAACUAUAAAAAAAUAUCAAGAAUUAUAGGAAGAAUUCAUAAUUUUAAAAUCAGAAAAAUAGACUUUGGAAAAUCAAGUCAAAGAAUUGAAAUAAAAAUAGUAAGACACAAUAAUAUAAACCAAAAAGCGAUAUGCUGGUUAAAAGGCAAAAACUAGAAAAUAUAAAUAAUUAAGUAAAGAUCUAUAAGAAGAAAAAAAUAAAUUGUAGAAGAUAGCACUUUGUUAUCAUAAUAUGAUAGAAAUGGAUGAAAUGAUAUUGUUGAAUAAUGAUACUUUAGAUUAAAUGACUGAGAAUCUUCAAAUUUUGAUGUAAAACAUUUACAAAGUGAAAUUAAAGAAAGAAAUUAAAUAGAAGGGUGGGAAUAGUGAAAGUUUGAAAUUAGUUACAUCCAAACCGAUAAAAUAUCCAAAAUAUUUGUUUGAUACAUCUGCCAUUAAUGUUUAAUUUUGGGAUAAUGUUGAUAUAAAGAAGACAGAAGAAUAAUAAAAUAAGAGUGAGAUUGAAUCAUUUUAAAGUUACUUUUAAUCUCAAUUGAAUAUGAGUAGCAGUCCAAUAUAUUUGGAUUUUUAAGGGACAACUUAAUAAUUAAAGGAGCCAUUAAAACAUAUUUGUUCUCAUGAGAAGAUUAGUUAAUCAAAGAUAGGGAAAGAGAAUUACGAACCAAUAUUGAAAAGAAAUUCUAGCUUGGAAGUGUCUGAUGAAUUAAAUUUUCGUAGUUAUUUUAGAUGA